AUACUUUAGACUGAAGUAUUGCAUUUGGUAACAUCGCUUUUGGUCGAAUCGUGAUGACAUAAAUGUACAACAAAAGAAGUUCUUUAAUAAAUAUAUUGGAAAAAUUGUUAACCCUUUUAUCAAUUUUAAAUUUAUUACUAUACAUUCUUUUGUUAAUUAAUUUUUUGUACAUUUAUGCUUAUUUUUCAAUUAUUGUAUGCAUGUUUCAUGAGAAUUAUUUCAAUCGCAAUAAAAUUUAGUUACUUACCUUGAUUAAAUUUGCAACGAUUAAAUAAUGAGAUGAAGGGUUGGAUAACCUGUGUAAUCUCGAGUAUAGUCAAAUUUUUAUCCGAAUAAUUUUGUUAAGAAUUUUACUGAAUAAAUUUUGUUUUUAUAUUUUGCGUUAAAACAAAAUGUUUAUAAAAUCGUUUAAAGUAAAAUCUAACAAUCAAUUGAAAGGAACAGAAAGGAAAAAAUUAUGUGAAGAAAUUUCAGCAAUAUAUCCCACAUUAACAGAUGAAGAAACACAAACGUUAAUUCCUAAAAAAGAGGCAAUAAGUGUUAUGAAAAUUGUAACUCACAAUGGUCACUUAGGAAAAAUUUAUUGUGUAGCUAAAAUACCUAUGUUUUUUGAACUUGAAUCUUUACAUCAAGCAUUAUUACCUACCAUAUAUACUUUAUGGCACCAUCCAAAUUUAUUAAAGACUUUUACAACAUAUCCUCCAGUUAUAUCAAAAUUAAUAGGUGGUGCAGAUUUAAUGUUGCCUGGUGUCUAUUUGAAAGAACCUGUCACAUUAUAUUCUUUUGGCAAAUUACAAAAGGGUACACCUGUUUCAAUAAAUACAGAAGAUAAUAAGGCACCAGUUGCUGUUGGUUUAACUGCACUUUCCAGUGAAGAUAUGUAUAUGUCUGGAGGUCAUGGAAAAUGUGUAGAAAUUCUACAUGUAAUAGGUGAUACAUUGUGUCAACUUGGAAAGCCUCCUUUGAGGCCAAAUUUAGGACCACCAAAUAUUGAUAUCGAUAGUGAUAAGAUAAAAAAUGUAUCAGAUGAAAUAAAAUCAUCUGAUCAGAAAAAUGAAGAGAAUAAUGAAGAAUCACUUAUUGAAACAAUGAAUAAUUUAGAUGUGAAUAAUGAUGUAAUAGAAACAGAAACUGAAACUCUUUGUGAGGAAGAAAACAAAAUGGAAGAAUCUGCUAAAAUUAAAACUAUAGCUACUGAUGAAAUAGAAAUAACUAUGGAUCCAAUAAAAGAAAUGGAUAAUUUACUUGAAUAUUGCUUCUUAAAAGCUUGCAAAACUUCAAUAAAGCCUAGUGACUUACCAAUAUUAACAUCCAAUUUCUUUAAAAACCAUUUAAUAGCUGCAUGUCCAUCAAAUAAAAACAUAGAUAUAAAAAAAACUCGGUAUAAAAAAUUAUCCUUGUUUUUAGCAGAAAUGAAAACAAAGGGAGUUAUUAAUACCUCUGUUGUUAAAGGUGUUGAAAGUAUAUUAUCAAUUAAGUUUGAUCAUCCUCUUCUAAAAGAAUUAGUCAUUAUAGAGGAAUCUACAUCAACCCAGGAGCCAAUUGCUUCCAAUGCGGCAGUCGUCUCUGAAUGUUAUAAAGUGACUGCCGAUGUUUUACCAGUACUAUCAAAAUUUGGAUAUGAAUUGAUUUUCUGUACAGAGCAGAAGUCGACAACUGUUACAUCAUAUACCAUUAUGCUGUAUUAUAUGAUACGAAUUAUGUAUAUUUUACUCCCAUACAAUGAUUGCAGAAAAGGAGACAUUAUGAAAAGAGCUGAGAUCAGAAAAUGUUUUACUGAAUACGUGAAAGCAGAGAAUCUUCAAGAUGGAAGGAUACUGAAACUGAACCCUCAACUCGCAAGUAUUAUGAAAACUAAAGCGAAUGUGGAAACUGUAAUGAUGGAGGAUGGAAUAAACAAGUUUAUUGGACGUAUGACGCAUAUGCAUGAAGUUACUUUAGCAGGAAAUAAAUUGUUACACACGGGUAAAUUGGAACCUAUUGAUAUGAGAGUCACUGUUCGAUCCGGUGGUAAAAAGGUAACGUUAGUAAAUAAUUUGGAAACAUUUGGCAUAAAUGCUAAAGAAUUUAGUAAAGAAUGUCAGAAUAUUGGAGCGAGUGCAACAAUUACGGAUGAACCAGGAAAAAAGACUCCUAGUGUUCUAGUUCAAGGAAAUCAAAUUUUAUAUGUCUACAAAUUACUUACAGAAAAAUAUCAAAUUAAAAAAAACUAUAUAAGAGGAUUAGAAUUCGCCCCAAAGAAACAAGGUUCUCAUAAAAAAUAAGAUAUCUUUAAAUAGUUAUCACAUUAUAGAUGUGACAUGUUAUAUGAAAAAUUAUGUUAUAUAUGAUCUAUUUUUUAUUUAUUUAAAUACCAAUAUUUUUCUGUCAUAAUUUUUUUAUUGUUUGAAAAAUUAUAUAGCAUUCAUGAUAUAACGAGAAUGUGAAAUUCAUGAAUUAAUCGAUGUCCUUAUUGAAUUAGAAUUAUUUAAUGUAGAAUCUCGUUAUAUAUGAAGCUAUUAUAAUUAUUAUAAAAAGCAUGUUAUCAUUUUUGUAUAUUUUUUUUUAAAAUAAUUUUCAUUUAAUGAUUAAAUAUUAAAUAUACAAAAACAUUUUAUGAUAAUACUACAACUCAUAAAUAAAUAACAUUCUCGAAAAAUUUUUAUGUAAUCAUUUAUGUAUCCUCAAUCUUUUAAAUAGAUAAUAAAAUAAAAAGAAAAUGAAAAGAAACAGAUGAUUAAUCAAGAGAGAAUCAAGAAUCCAAGUUUGUUAAUAUAAUUUAUUGUAUAUCGAGGUUUCAACAUGGAAAAGUACAAAUAUUGCAAUAUAGGGCCCGCGAGCUCUCCUCGGGUGGGAGGGAGGGAGGGAGGGAGGAGGGUACAAUUCAUAGGAAGGAGAGACAACGCACGUUUAAGAUAUCUUGAGAACUUUUUUUUCCAUUUGUUCUGACGAAAAUGUGCUUGCUAUGCACCAAAACCGAGGAUAUGAGGUAUACAUAUGAAGAUCUUAUUAUUAUUUCCGCUGUUUUUUUUCUCUUACCUGGCAACAGGGAAAAGUCAGUGGAUUGACAAGUAAUCCACCGAAAUUUCUUUUGAGUAAAGGAAGGUUCCCUCCUCUCCACGGCCCCCGCAUAUAUUUAAUACUCGUUUUGUUCUUUUUCUGCUACCAGUACGCACGGACGCGUCACGAUUUUGGCGCGCGACGCGCACGUGCGUGUCGUGACAGUUAUUAUUCUUUUUUUUUUUUUUUUUUUUUUUUUAUUUCUCAUCAUCAU